AUGGCCACCUACUACCCGGUCUUCCAGGUGUUCAAGUUCAACCACUGGUUCCGCAGUCUGGCGCUGCUGUCGGAGAGCAACGACGGGCUGAGCAAGCACCUCGGCUUUCUGCGCACGAUGCGCUCGCUCACGGCCGACAACGACGUGCUGCUCAACGAGUACAGGUACAUGAUCCGCAAGGGCGAGUCGUUCAUCAAGGCCAACAAGGAGCGGUUUGCGCGGCUCAAGGGCGACAGCCGCGCCGCCGACCUCGCGGCGAUCGACGCGAUGGAGCAGGACUUUGUGGCCCGGCACAAGGCGGCCCCGGUCGGCGCUGCGCGGCGCGGCGCAGCGGCCCGUGUCGCUGGUCCCGCCGACGUUUUCCGUCGACAACUGGCGCCGGUACCUGUUCAAGGUGCUGCUCGAGUACCGGUCGCGGGGCGCGCAACUGCGGAUGCGGACGGGCAAGUCGCCGCGGCUCGCUGCCGAGUGCGACAUGCUGGCCGAGUACGUCGACGAGCUGCAGCCGGACAUCGAGGCGAUCCGCGAGUGGCUGGGGCUCAAGACGUACAACGAGGGCUGCAUCGAGGCGAUCGAGCGGCUGUCGUACCUGGACUCGGUCGAAUCGAUGAUGGUGGACGUGGCGCAGAUGGUGGAGCGGUGUCUGUACGCGAUGUUUGUCGUGGCGGAGGACCCGAAGCGGACGGUGAACCUGGUCUUUGCGCAGUCGGCGAAUCACCGCAGAGAAAACUCGACGGCCAUCUCGUUCCUGUCGGACUCGGUGCUCGUGCUCAGCAAGCUCCACAGCGGCAAGAUGCGGCUGGCAGAGUACUUCAGGAUGAGUCUGGGCGUGCUGAUUUGCGAGACGCCGGAAUUUCUGCGGUGCGAAGCCGAGUCGCUGCUGGCGCAGACGGCCCAGAUCGACAAGGCGUUCAUCCAGCGGUUUGUGGAGUUCGUCAAGGACUGCAUGGUGUUUGGGAUGAACAGCUGUGUGAAGAGCUGUCUGCGGUUUAUCGGCAGCAACAUCGUGGAGUUUGA